AUGAAGCUCUUUUCCUUGAUUGCCGGCGCAUCUGCUUCCUACUACACCACUGAGUCCUAUGACCCCACUACGGAAUUCACCACCCCUACUACUUGGGUCAACACAGCCACUACAAACGGUGAACCGAUUGUAACCGAUUGUGGCGGGCGAAUCACUGAGCUUCAAACAUUUUCGUCUCCAGACGCCGGCGAUGGCACCUAUCCCAACAGAGCUCAUUGCACCUGGACCAUCGAUAUCCGAGGAGUUCCCGCUUUCUUCAUCAAAGCCAAUCAAUUUGAGGUUGAGUGGGAUGACUACUGCGCUUUUGACUUCGUGAAGGUCAUUGCAAACGGGGAAGAGAGGAAUUUCUGCGGCUUCAACGACCACCGACGAAGACGCGAUGCCGGCAAGAAGGCAAAAAAGGGCAACAAACUGACUGAGGAUCUCGUCAAUGUUUCAAACGACGGAUUCGAGGACAUCUUUGUCCUAGGAGGCCAAGCAACAGUCAGUUUCUCCUCGGACCACUCCUAUUCUGGAGGUAGUUUCGAACUCGAGCUUGUUGAAGCUGACCGACUUGACAUCAUCGAAUACCACUUUGGCAGAAUCGCCGCAUCUCUUCCAGAAGACGCUUCCUGGACUGAGCGAUACGUCAACCGAUUCUACAAAGUCUUUAACAAGGUUGUCGACGCUGACAACGGCGAAAACUGCUACGAAGACAACGGCUUCGGCUCCGAAGACUCCGCCGACGACGUGCAAGUCUUCGAUGAAAGCGACUUCUGCAAGCUCAACGGCCAGGUCAACGCCGCUCUCAACAGCUGGGCGCGAAACAACGCUUGCGAAGGACGAGGCAAAGUCCACCGACAGGUCAUCCGAGCCGCUCGAAAGGUCAGAAACUUCUACAACGACAAGAUGGGCUGCUAA